AGUAGAGUGAACAUAGAGUUCCUUUUGACUCCACCUGCUCGUAUUUGGGUUUCUAACUGACAGCGGCCGAAGAUUGAGGGGCUCCGGUUCAGCGUGUUUACUUUUCUUACAACUAGCACCACUAUUGAGCCAUGUCUCCAUCAGUUCCCUUGCAGGAGAUGAUCCGGGCCAUCAGGUCAGCUCGGACCCAGUGUGAGGAGCGGGGUGUCAUCCAGAGGGAGUGUGCAGCCAUCCGGGCCCAGUUCAGACAGAACGACAACGGGAGCCGAUCUCACAACCUGGCCAAGCUGCUCUAUGUGCACAUGUUGGGCUACCCGGCUCACUUUGGUCAGAUGGAGUGUGUUCGGAUGAUAGCCAGCCCUCGCUACAGCGAGAAGCGCGUGGGAUACCUGGGAGCCAUGAUGCUUCUGGAUGAGAAGCAGGAUGCCAGCCUGCUCAUCACCAACUCCAUCAAGAACGACUUGUCCCACAGUAACCAGUACAUCCAGUCUCUCGCUCUGUGCACGCUGGCCUGCAUGGGUUCAGCUGAGAUGUGCAGGGAUCUGGCUCCAGAGAUCGACAGGUUGCUGCGGUCCGCUAACUCCUACAUAAAGAAAAAGGCUGCUUUGUGUGCUGUUCACAUUGUAAGAAAGGUCCAGGAUCUGGGAGAGCUCUUUGUCUCGGCCGCUCGUUCCCUCCUCUCUGAGAAAAACCACGGUGUGUUGCACGGUGCUGUGGUGCUGAUCACUGAGCUGUGCGAGCGGAACCCAGAAACUCUGGAGCGGUUCAGGAAGACGGUUCCAGAUCUAGUUCAGAUCAUGAAAGGCCUGGUCAUUUCAGGUUACUCUCCAGACCACGACGUGGCAGGAGUCAGUGAUCCUUUCCUACAGGUUCGCAUCUUGAGAUUGCUGAGAGUCCUCGGUCGGAACAAUGAAACAGCCAGUGAUGCUAUGAACGACCUCUUAGCUCAGGUGGCCACCAACACCGACAGUACGAAGACCGUGGGGAACGCUGUGCUGUAUGAGACCGUUCUCACCGUGUUGGACAUAAAGUCAGAGAGCGGACUCAGAGUUCUGGCCGUAAACAUUCUGGGAAGGUUUCUCCUGAACAACGACAGGAACAUCCGGUAUAUCGCCAUGACUUCUCUUCAGAAAAUAGUUGUGACGGACCAUAAUGCAGUGCAGCGGCAUCGCGGGACUAUAGUGGACUGUCUGAAGGACCAGGACGCAUCUGUCAAGCGACGAGCCUUAGAGCUCUCCUUGGCUUUGGUGUCAGCUUCCAACAUCCGCUCUAUGAUGAAGGAGCUGCUCGUCUUCCUCUCCUCCUGCCCCCUCGAGCUCAAGGCUCAAGCUGCUAGCGGCAUUUUCAUCGCCGCUGAAAGGUAUGCACCCUCCCAGCGUUGGCACAUUGACACCAUCCUGCAUGUCCUCACUACGGCAGGGGGCGACGUGAGGGACGAAACUGUACCCAACCUGAUUCAGCUCAUCACCAACACGUCAGAGCUGCACUGUUACACCGUCCACAAGCUCUACCGGGCUCUGCUCGAGGACAUCUCCCAGCAAUCUCUGGUCCAGGUGGCGUGCUGGUGCAUAGGAGAGUAUGGAGACCUGCUGCUGAGAGGAGAGUGUCAGGAGACCGAACCUGUGCAGGUCACGGAGGACGACGUCCUGGACGCUCUGGAGACUGUUCUACAGUCUCACAUGUCGUCACCAGCAACCAGAGGCUUCGCUCUCACCGCCACCAUGAAACUGAGCACACGCAUCUCUGACAAUGUGGAUCGCAUCAGGAGCAUCGUUAGCAUCUAUGGGAGCUGCAUCGACUUGGAGCUCCAGCAGAGGGCGGUUGAAUACAACGCGCUCUUCAAAAAAUAUGACCACAUGAGGGCAGCAGUGCUGGAGAGGAUGCCGGUGAUUCAGAGGAACUCUUCGGGCCAGAACAGCGAAGAUGCAUCAGAGGAGACCAUCAAGGAGAUCCAAGUGACCAAAGUCAAACAGGAGGAGUUGGUGCUGGCGCAGCAGCCUGCUGGGCCGGUGUGUGAUCUCCUAGACCUACUGAGUGGCCCUCAGGAGCCCCUUCAGCCCAGCCUGGCACCGGCGCAGCCCAUCAGUACAACCACCGCCGCUGGAGGAGACCUCCUGGAUCUGUUGGGUGGAUUAGAGCUUACUCCCCCAUCCUCAGCUCCCACUGUGACCAUUUAUGAGAAACAUGGCGUGACUUUGACACUCGGCUGUGAACAAGAGUCAGACUCGGGCCUGUUGGCCACCCUCACAGCCUCCAACUCCUCUGACUCAGACAUCAGCAGCUUCACCCUGCAAGCUGCAGUACCCAAGAGCGUGCAGCUACACAUGAAGGCCCCCAGCAGAGACUCUCUUCCUGCUCGAGGUGCAGCUGAGCUGACCCAGACGGUGGUUCUCAGCAACCCAAACAAGGUUAAUCUGAAAAUGAGGAUUCGUAUCUCGUACACCAGCCAGGGAUCAGCUGUUCAGGACACGGUCCAGGUUGACUCCUUGCCUGGACUCUGAUCGUGUGGAUCUGGGGUCCUCGGAGCACCGGUUUUGUUGUUUUUCUCUGAAGAAUGUCAUUGUGACGGUUUUUCUACUCAUCAGGAACAUGGUGCACACUUAUGGAUCUGCAGGAAUUUUCUGAAAAAGUUGAAUUUGUAGUUUUAUUUGUAAAGGGGAGCGGUCAAACGACACAGUAAAAUUAUGAGUCCAUUUAAGAAAAAUCAGAUUAAAUAUUGUUUAUUAAGUUAUUGAAGCCACUUUACUUUUUAAAUCCACUUCAGUACUAUUUAUUACUUGGUGUGAUGGAUUCAGCAACAUGAGUAAACGGUUUAAAUAUUAUGGUUUUAGGAUUUCCAAAUCACUUAUUUUUUUAAAAGAAAAAACCUGACAUUGUUUUUGUCAUUUAACUGGACUCUUAUCUGCUUUUAAGGUUUUUAUUUAUAUUUCAACUCAGAUGAAAGCAUUAAAAAUCAAGGAUUUUAGUUUUUACAAGCUACUGUUUAUAGAUUCAGAGAAGAUAUUUUUUGCAGCUCAUGUUCGUGUUGUUGCUCACAUCACUCCAUCGACACCCCUACCUCUGAAGACGUCUUUUUCCUGUUUGCACUGUUAAGUCAUUAAACACUAACAGAUCAGCUUCUACGGUUCUUUAAUGCAAGCGAUUAUUUUUUUCUUGAAGUGGAAAAACUUAGCCUAAGGGUGGAUUUUAAACACAACCUCGUGUUGCCUUCACACUGAGAAGAUCCAGGUAUUUAACUCCUGACCCUUUCCUCUGUGCCUUCUGUUGUUUUUGUUUAAUAAUCCCAUACAACAUUCAGCCUGAUUAUUAACCCUCUAUUAUUUGUUUACAUUGAAAAUCUGAUUAUGAAAGCCAGGCAUAGUGGUAGAUAUUAGGCACAGCUCAGCUUACAGGAAGGAUAUUUUAGGUAUUAAAUGUAAAAACACAAAGACCAGCAGGUUCAUCUUUGACUGAUUUCAUCCUCACGUUUGUGGAAACACUACCGAUGAGACUUUUGACUUAUCUGUAAAGCAAUGAGCAGAAACAAUCUUCUGUCAGCUGUUAAGAUUGUCUUUGAAUAUUCCGGCUUAUUUGCCAUUUUCUAAUAAAAAAAACACCUUGUAAGUUA